CGCGCCCUCGCGUCGCGGAAAUCCUGCGGCGGCCGUGCUCGCGCUCAGAGCCUGCAGCGCGCGCAUGAGGGAGAGCCGCCGCCCGACCGGCGCGCGCCCGGCCGGGGUCCCGAGCCCCCAGGGGAGCGGCAGCGCUUUCCCCUCCCAGCCGCCCCCGGAGAGCCGGCCGCGGCCGCGCCCGCGUCUCGCCGCGACCCCGACCACGACCCCGACGCAGAGAAGCGGCAUGGAAGCCGAGGACCUGCAGGAGGACCUGACCUGCUCCAUCUGCCUGGACUAUUUCGAGGACCCGGUGUCCAUCGAGUGCGGCCACAACUUCUGUCGCGGCUGCCUGCACCGCAGCUGGGGGCCGGGCGGCGGCUCGUUCCCCUGCCCCGAGUGCCGCCAGCCGUCGCCGUUCUCCGCGCUGCGGCCCAACUGGGCCCUGGCUCGGCUGACCGAGAGGACGCGGCGCCGGCGCCAGGGCCCCGUGCCCCCCGGCCAGUGCGGCCGCCACUGGGAAGCGCUGCGACUCUUCUGCGAGGACGACCAGCGGCCCGUGUGCUUGGUGUGCAGGGAGUCCCAGGAGCACCAGGGGCACACCAUGGCGCCCAUCGACGAGGCCUCCUGCAGCUACCGGGAAAAGCUGCUUAAGGCCCAGUGCAGUCUGAAGGACAAGAUGAAGAAAGCCAUGUAUUUUCAGGACAUCGAGGUGAAGAAUGCCACUGAGUGGAAGGAGAAGAUGAAGAAUCAGCGGGUGAGACUGAGCGCCGAGUUUGCAAAGCUGCACCUCUUUCUGGAGGAGGAAGAGCAGCUGUUUCUUCAGAGACUAAGCGAAGAAGAAGAAGAGAUGAAGAAGAAGCAGAAUGAGAACACGUUAAAGCUUCAUCAGAAAAUCACAUCCCUGAAGCAGCUAAUCCUGGAGGUCAGGGAGAAGAGCGAGAGCUCAACCCUCGAGCUGCUCCAGAAUCCAAAAGAUCUGUUGACCAGGAGUGAGAACCAGGAUGUGGACUAUUCCCCUGAAGUUUUAAUGUUGAAGAAUGUGUGCCAGAUUCCAAUGAUGAAGGAAAUGCUGAAGCGAUUCCAAGUGGCUGUAAGUGUUGCUGAAGACACGGCUCAUCCCAAGCUCGUCUUCUCCCAGGACGGGCGAUUCGUGAAAAAUGGAGCAUCAGCCAAUUCUUGGCCCUUGUUUUCCUCAGCCUGGAACUACGUUAGCGGAUGGAGGAAUUCUCAGAGGAACGCACCGUUCGUGGGCAGAUUUCAGCACUUACCCUGUGUUUUGGGAAAAAACGUUUUCACUUCAGGGAAACAUUACUGGGAAGUUGAGAGCCGAGAUAGCCUGGAGAUAGCUGUGGGGGUGUGCCGGGAGGACGUCUUGGGGCUCGCCGAUGCUUCAGAAAUGUGCCCCCAUGGGGGCAUCUGGGCUAUCUCCUGGGGUUCUGCUGGCUGUCAGCCCCUGACAGGCUCUCCUGGAAGCCCUACCAAGCAGGAGCCCGCUCUUCACCGGGUGGGUGUUUUCCUAGACUUUGGGGCCAGGGACAUCUCUUUCUAUAGUGUUGUAGAUGGCGCACAUCUGCACACCUUCUCCUGUCCAGUCUCCCGCCUCCGGCCAUUUUUUUGGUUGAGUCCAUUAGCGUCUUUAGUCAUCCCGGCAGUGACGGGUGGGAAAUGAGCCUCUUCUUCCCCUGCCCCAGGAAUCUCCCCCUGUACCCCAGCCUAGGGACAGGCAUCCCUUGGCCCUAUUCUCUCAUUUCCUGUACACUGGCCCAGGGGCACAUCCGUCCUGUCUGCUCGGAUUUCAGUUUCAUGUUCUGUUCCGCUCCUUGCGUGAGCUCUGCACACACCGGGAUGGCGGACCCCAUGGGCUGCCUUUCCAACAGCCACUUGCUCCAUUCCCCACCUUCUCUUCUGGUUCUUCCUGACGGAACUGUUGGCUGAGCACCAUCCCUGGGCUUCAAGAGAGGCAGCCCCCUGUGAGGCAGUGCUGGCCAGUGAGCUGGAAUGAGACAUUCCAGGUGAUUCUGGGGAAAGAUUCUGUAGCUUUAAAAAAGGUGUUUGAGGAGACACAGCCCCUCUUCUGAUGUUAGCAGCUGUCUAGGAACUGAGGAGAGCACAGUGACAGUGCAGAGGAGGAAGAAACAUGGUCUUUGUUGGCAUCGUUGGGCUGUUGGAAUUUCCUUAAUCUGAAACUUCUUCUUAUGGGAGAUGAUUGCUCCCUUAUCGUGUAAGGAAAUUAAGGUUGUCUUUUGGUAUAGGAUUGUCUCACUCUCCCUGAAACUGGACAACUUUGUAGACUUCAUUUCUGUUCAGUCAUAUAAUUCUUCUUCUGUCCCGGAAGUACUGAUACUGCUUACUUUUCUGGAUCAGAAAGUUGAGGACAUCUUCCCUUACUCUGCCUGUACGGUUACUCCUCUUCACCUGACCGUGUCUGUGCCCUCACUAUGUUCAUUUUGUCACCUGUCUGUCAGAUUCUUACAUUGUUUAUGCAACGAAUUAAUGUCACACCUAAAAUAGGGGGAGACACUUGCUAAGGGCUCAGACUCAGACUGUGCCGCUGGCCUCUUCGGUAACUCUUUCCUGCGACUCCUGCAGAAGCUUGGUGGGACAGGGAAAUUAAAAUCCUCU